CUCCCCCUCUCUACCACCCCUUCUCUGCCUUCAACCUCUCUUCUCCAACCGAGACUCCUCUGCUCCGCUCUACAGACCCCUCCCUGCGGGUCUCCCCAAGUCACUGCAGUGAAACGCCCGGCGAAAGAGAGCGAGUGGCGAACCAAAAACACACACCCGUGUAAAUACGCGAAUAUCAGCUACUGCGUGGCUCCAGAAGGCCGACGUUCCACCCUUGGCGAAAUCUGUCGUUUGGCGUCUCUGCACAUCUCUUGGUAGGCGUUUCAUCGUCCAACCGGCAAGAUGGGAAAUGAAGCAAGCUACCCCCUGGAGAUGUGCACACAUUUCGAUGCUGAUGAGAUUAAGAGGCUAGGAAAGAGAUUUAAGAAACUCGACCUGGAUAACUCAGGAUCCCUGAGUGUUGAAGAGUUUAUGUCCUUGCCGGAGUUACAACAGAACCCCUUGGUGCAGAGGGUCAUAGAUAUAUUUGACACAGAUGGCAAUGGGGAAGUUGACUUCAAAGAAUUUAUUGAGGGCGUGUCGCAGUUCAGUGUGAAAGGAGACAAGGAACAGAAACUGCGGUUUGCUUUUAGAAUCUAUGACAUGGACAAAGAUGGCUACAUAUCGAAUGGGGAGUUGUUCCAGGUGCUCAAAAUGAUGGUUGGGAACAACCUGAAAGACACCCAGCUGCAGCAGAUUGUUGACAAGACCAUUAUAAACGCAGACAAGGAUGGCGACGGGAGAAUAUCUUUUGAGGAGUUUUGCGCCGUUGUAGGAGGCCUUGACAUACACAAAAAGAUGGUGGUGGACGUGUGAGCUUCCUGACCGACCCACACCACACAGCGCGCUUUCUUCUCCAUCUCUCCGACCAUCAGCUCAAGAUGUCAGACAGUCGCUCUCUAUGUAUUUAAAUGGAAGUAUUUUCUCUGUGAAGCCACUUUCUUCUAACACGAGCCUCGUGAAGCCAACUUGAGUUAUUGAACUUUUCUCCUGUCAAUAACCCCGGUGUAGCACUUUAAGAGACUGAACGUGGCUAGUCUUGUAAGAACAUCUCAAUUUGACGGUGAGAAGGGAGGAAGUUUGGCUUGUUUAUAUAUUUUUUUUUUUAUUGUUAUUUUUUAAAAAUAUAUUUAUUUGUUCUCGUCUUUUAAGAAGAAAAAAAAGUCUUGCUUUUUAAGGGUGAAAAUGUGCAGUUAGCUGAGGUGCAACUUAACAUACUUGAUCCGUAAAAUAUAACUGUAGGAUGUGAUGUGCCAAGCAGAAUAUUUAAUUAAUCAAUUAAGGAAAACUGUACCAUCAUUUUUUUUGGAAGACAAACUGCAAUUGCAUGAUUAACAUAAGUUAAUGCAAUUUCAUUUCAAAGCAACAGAUAAGGCAGUGGGAAUUUUUUUCUAUUAUAAACUUUGUAAUAUGAGGUUUUGAUUUGAUUUGAUACAUUUAAUUUCGCUUCCAGUCUUGUUAAGAUUCUUUUGUCGCUUGUUUAUAUUGUUGCAGAGUAAUGGGUUUCUUUGUGUUGCUUUCAGAUACAGUAGAGUAGAAUUAGAUGCCAAGAAAGUGUCGUCCUAGCAGUUUUAUAGUGUUCCUGUAACACACUUUACUUCAGUACGCAAGCAGUCUGCAUCCUCACCACACACCCCAGUGCUUAUCAUUGACCAAUACACGUUGCGAAAUUUCUAUUAAAACCAUUGAGAACGUUUUUAUGGACUUGUAUUUUAUUAUAGAAUUGAAUGCAGUUGAUGUUCACAAAACCCAAAAGUUAAGUGUUGAUAUCCAAUUCUGGAAAUCCAAUGCAUCUUUUGUUGCGCUUUCAUUCAUAAACUGCUGGCAGACUCUUCCUCUUUUAUAAAUCAAUAUAUGUAUAUUAGGUACAACAGCAUAGGCUCCUCUUCAGAUAAUCAGAGGAAAGCUGUACACGUGUAUACAGUUCAUCCUGUUAAGGGUCGCUGUGCACUGUAAUUGCAGUUUUUCUUCUAUAUAGUGCAAUGGAAUAACUGUACUCUUGACAUAUUGGCAUGACAGACGUACAAUGGAAUAAUACACUUUGUGAUUGUAUGUGGAUUUUUUUUUGCUUUUUAAGUCGUUUUCUUUCCCCUAAUGGACAAAAUCCAGAGUUUGUUAUGUGAGCACUCAAGGAAAGUUACUAGUUGGGAGAACACUUCUAACACACCUUAAAACCAAAUAAUUGGACACAUUAGGUGAGAAACUGUAUUCUGUGAAAUUACGACUUCUCCUGUGCUUCAGCCUCUUACAAAUGACGGCAUAGCCGGAGUGGUGUUCUACUGAGGAUAGGUGGAACUAAGCGGUCACAAUCAUGGUGCACACUCUUAGAAAGCUGUUUGUUUGGGGAAACCAGGCUGAGACGUCUUGUGCUUUUGCAUGACAUGGAGACUUCCCUUAAUGCAUGUCAAUCCAUUUUGAAAUGCUCCUAUUGUUUACACAUUGAUUGUGAUGUUUAUAAUAUAUUAACGAUUCAAAUGUUUAAUAUGGAUGUUGCCAAAAUUUGGUAUGUGUACACACGAUUGGUAAUAACCAUAAGUGAACCUACUUAAGUGUAACUUUUAUACUCACCUGGAUCGAUGAAAUGCUUGAAUUCCACAAAAGUUGCAUAUCUGAUCCUGUCAACUGCCACAUAGUCGGCUUCAAAGGGGGAAUUUUUUUUUUUUUUUUUUUUUUUUACAUAAAUAUUUGUUAGAUGCGGUUCCAGCUCUUCACUGUCUGUAUAACCAAUUGAAGUUUCAGUUAUUCGGUUGUACUUUUAGUUUGGUGGAUUGGGUACAUAGUGAGUGUGAGGGGUGGGGGGCAACAGCGUAAAAGUUUUAAAGAAUUAAGUUUCGGUUUUAGGGUUUUUAUCCUUCUCUGCAUGCUGCAUCUUAUGCUGUGGGACUAUUGGACUUAAUACUGUAUGACAACAAAAAAUAAUAAACUUGAAACAUUUAAUCUGUUAAAA